GUAGGGGAAGAAAAAGAUCGGAUUACAAGAUGGCGGUCUGUGGACGAUAGUGAAGAGGCCGUCGUAGUUGUUUUCAACGGUGAAUUUUACAGUUCGAUAGAUAUCCUGCUUUCUGCGGGUAAAAACAACAAUCAACCGCGUAAUAUGUUCAUUAAUUAGCACAUUAUUGUAAAUCAUACUCAGAUGUAUGUCUGGGACAUGCGGGUAGAAACACGUUUGAAACUCGGGGAUAAGAACAUAGCUAGACAACUAUUUUAAAGAUAGGGUGAACUAACGUUAGUGUUGGCUUGCUAACGCGUUAGUUUUUCCUCAAGGUAACUAUGUCGGAUACUCGGCGGCGUGUGAAAGUAUACACGCUGAAUGAAGACCGACAGUGGGACGACAGGGGCACAGGACAUGUCUCGUCUACCUUUGUCGAACGACUAAAGGGAAUAUCAUUAUUAGUUCGGGCCGAAAGCGACGGCUCACUUCUUCUGGAGUCUAAAAUCAGCCCAAAUACUGCAUAUCAAAAACAACAAGAUACUCUGAUCGUGUGGUCUGAAGCAGAGAACUAUGAUCUGGCUCUGAGUUUUCAGGAAAAAGCUGGCUGUGAUGAAAUCUGGGAAAAGAUUUGUCAGGUGCAGGGAAAAGACCCUGCGCUGGAGAUCACCCAGGACCCCAUCGAUGAGUCUGAGGAGGAGCGCUUCGAGGAGAUGCCAGAGACCAGCCACCUGGUGGAGCUGCCUCCAUGCGAGCUGGCCCGGCUGGAGGAGAUCGCUGACCUUGUGACUUCUGUCCUGUCCUCGCCCAUCCGCCGGGAAAAACUGGCCCUAGCCCUUAUGAGUGAAGGUUACAUGAAGAAGUUACUGCAGCUCUUCCAGGUGUGUGAAGACCUGGACAACCGUGAGGGCCUACAUCAUCUGUAUGAGAUUGUGCGUGGCGUGCUUUUUCUCAACAAGGCGGCUCUUUUCGAGGUCAUGUUCUCAGACGACUGCAUCAUGGACGUGGUGGGCUGCCUGGAGUACGACCCGGCGCUGGUACAGCCCAAAAGGCACCGCGAGUUCCUCACCAAGACGGCCAAGUUCAAGGAGGUGAUCCCCAUCACGGACUCAGAGCUGCGGCAGAAGAUCCACCAGACGUACCGUGUGCAGUACAUCCAGGACAUCAUCCUUCCCACUCCUUCUGUCUUCGAAGAGAACUUCCUUUCCACCCUCACAUCCUUCAUUUUCUUCAACAAGGUGGAGAUAGUCAGCAUGCUGCAGGAGGAUGAGAAGUUCCUCACUGAAGUCUUUGCACAGCUAACGGAUGAAGCCACAGAGGACGGUAAAAGGAGGGAACUAGUGAACUUCUUCAAAGAAUUUUGUGCUUUUUCACAAACCUUGCAACCGCAAAAUAGAGAUGCUUUCUUCAAGACUCUGGCGAAUCUAGGCAUUCUUCCUGCUCUUGAAAUAGUCAUGGGGAUGGACGACCUGCAAGUGAGGGCUGCAGCCACAGACAUAUUCUCAUACCUGGUGGAGUUCAGCCCCUCCAUGGUCCGAGAGUUUGUUAUGCAGGAGCCACAGCAGACUGAUGAUGAUGUGCUGCUGAUCAACGUGGUGAUAAAGCAGAUGAUCUGUGACUCGGACCCUGAGCUGGGGGGUGCUGUGCAGCUGAUGGGGCUCCUACGUACACUGAUUGACCCAGAGAACAUGCUGACGCCCACCAAUAAAACGGAGAAGACAGAGUUCCUCAGCUUCUUCUACAAGUACUGCAUGCAGGUCCUAACAGCCCCUCUAUUGGCCAACACUGUAGACGAGAAGAAGUCCAAAGCUCUGCAAGAGGGGUCCACCAAGAUCAACCCAGUGUGUCCUGAUAAUUUCCAGACAGCUCAACUCCUGGCUUUGAUUCUGGAGCUGCUGACAUUCUGUGUUGAGCACCACACGUACCACAUAAAGACAUACAUCAUGAACAAGGACCUGCUACGACGAAUCCUGGUGCUAAUGAACUCUAAACACACCUUCCUGGCGCUGUGUGCUCUGCGCUUCAUGAGGAGGAUAAUCGGGCAGAAGGAUGAGUACUACAACCGCUAUAUUAUCAAAGGGAACCUGUUUGAGCCAGUCAUCAACACUCUGCUGGACAAUGGCACUAGAUACAACCUCCUAAACUCAGCCAUCAUCGAACUCUUUGAGUUCAUCAAAGUUGAGGAUGUUAAGUCCCUGAUAGCACACAUCAUAGACAACUACUACAAAGCACUUGAAUCCAUUGAAUACGUCCAGACGUUCAAGGGCCUAAAGGGCAGAUAUGAGCAGGAGAAGGACCGACAGACCCUGAGACUCAACAGAUAUCGUAGGGAUGCCCGAACGCUGGACGAGGAUGAGGAAAUGUGGUUCCAUGAAGAUGAGGAUGAUGACGAAGGAGAGGCUGUUGAGAAAAGUAGGCCAGAGGAAGAGUUCCCAGAGAGCUACGGAAAGUAUAUGGAAGCAAAAAAAGGGGCUGCCAACGGUGCCAACGGCAAGCCAGCUGCCUCACACGCCGCCUCAGCCAGUCCCAACGGCUCCCCAGCCAAGUCGGACGCGACACCCGGCACCCUGGUAGUCAAGACUGCGAUGGUCGGCCUUGUAGACUACCCUGACGACGAAGACGAGGAGGAAGAAGACGAAGAGCAGUCGCCACGGAAACGUCCCCGUCUGGGCUCCUAAGCCAGUGAAAUCGUCUGGUCUUGGUCAGCUGUGCCACAGUCACAGUCCACUGGACAGAGACCACUCCCAUCUUCCUACCCUGCCCCCCUGCUCCUACGUCCCCAUAUCUGGCCUGUGGACCAGAGAGGUUGAACAGUGCCAUGGUUUCCCUGUUGGUCCAGCAGGGGCGCUGCACUUCACUCAAACCUCAGUCGCUCUACAGAAGGGGGAGCAGGUGCUAAUGGGAGAGCCAGUCAGGCUAGCAGGACUAGCCGCUUAGUAAUGGAAGCUUGAUUGGCUGACCCUACAGAACUGUUCCUUUGGGUUGGGUGGAGGGAACUAGGCAAAAAGAGGGGAUAAGUAACAAAAAAAAACGAACCUACAGAAAACAAAAGUUUCUUAGUUCUGAGGAGCAGGACUCAACUGUCGAAGCUGGGGCUGCAUUGCCGAGGCUCACACACAACUAGUCAGGAAUCCAGUAUUCAUGAGUUUAAAAGUACUGUACAGUUUUGUUUUGUUUUCAUCAUAUGCCCCUUAAGUGAUUUUAAAAAGGGGAGAGCUAUACCUGCCAGUGUAUUUUUUUUUUUUUUUUAAUUUUGCUGCACAAAUGGUGGGACCACUGUUCACCCUUAACUAAAUUCAUUGUAGAAAGCAAGAGUUGCAAUUCUGGUAUUAAACUGCAGUAAAGUCAUUUUUGCAGCC